AUGGACGGAGUCAAGGCGAUGGAGGAGGUGGCAGUCGCAGUGCAUUGCAGCAACGAAAUACCGAAGCUGCAAGGGCGCCCACUGUUUAGCGAUCAGCUUGGCAACUAUGUGCGGUAUGUGGUGCUGGGUGCUCUUAGCAAACAGUGGAGCCACCUCUCACUCACGAUGCUCCGACACAAGCAAAGCCGACUGGACAUCCAAUGGAGGUAUGCUGGAGCUUUUCAGGUGUGGCACGAGGGACAGGUUGGCUCGCUACUGGACCUCAGGAGAACCUUGAAGGGAGCCUUCCGGCUCAAGGCUCGCAGCUGGAGCGGCCAACAGCCGGGAACCGAGCAGGCACUGCGAUUGAUCAUGCUUCCAGCACUCGGUCUGUGCAUGUGUGCUGGGGCGGGAAUCUAUGUGACGGGCAUGCUUGCAUUACAGGCACCACCGGCCCACACUGUCCCUCCUUCGAUGACAGCCCAGUGCCCCUGUAAAUCUCAGACUGUAUGCCUUCAGAGCUUUUGUCGGACAGUGCGGGAACUGAUCACCAGACUGCGAGCUUAUCUUGCACAGAACAUUCUGCAUCACAGCCCACCGGCUCAGCUAGGGAGGACAUUUUGGGCCCGACCACGGACCCCACCCAUGGCGGAUUCAUCGGAGGAGAUGGAAGAGGUAUGGGUGGACAGCCCCUCCGUGCCUCCUCGACCGCCAAGCUCGGCACCGGCGGGACCACCGCCUCCCAGGCCGGUUCAGAUGGAACAGGCCUUUGCACAUAGGGUGGCAAGGGCAGUUGCGAGGGAGCUUCCGGGCUGGACGGGGCAUCCGAACCUCCUACGAUGGGGUGCCAACGGCCCUCGCGAAGACGAGGGAGGAGCGAUGACGGGACCUGCUGCUGAGGACAGACAGCUCUCCUAUAUGCUGUCGGCUGCCAUUGCGGACACGCUGUUGCGCAGAGGAAGCCCUACGGACGAUGACAACACGGGACACCCCACCGUCAUUGGGGAAGCCUUGAAUCGCAGUCGGUACGCGGGGGGCGGUGGCCUCAUCCCGAGAGAACAUGCGGAGGAGAUCACGGCGGAGCUCUGGGCGGAUGGCACGUUGGCGGAGCUACUGGGCGAUGAGGCCGAGGACAAUGGCUCUACCGGAACGAUGAUGGCAUCGGGCUCGAGCGAACCCUCUACGGCCAGGCCAAGCACCGGGAACUCAGGAUCCAGGCGUGGGAGAAGGGAGGAUGGAGAAAUGGCACCUCCCCCGACACCGAAGCCCAAGGCCAAUCGCAAGUCGCAGCCUCAUUUGCUGAAGGGACCAUUGGCCGAGGGCGUUGCACUGGGCAAAUGGGCCUCGGUCAAAAGACUUAGCACCACCAAGUACGCCGAGAUUUUAGAAUGGCUCGCUGAAGAGACGGACAAAGGCCACCCAGUGGACGUACUGUUCUUGCAGGAAACAUGCUGGAAACAGGACAUGGAGUAUGUGGCCACGCCAACGAACCACAGCCACAUCAGUCGGAUGCUACACGUGCGGUUGCACUUUGAGGCACCGCUUGAUAUCCUGGGAAUCUAUCAGUACUCAUGGAACCCGAGCAAAGCAUCCCUGGAGGGCCACAAAGUGACGGCCCAGGUCAAACAACGGCAAAAGGUCUGGAAGCUGACGGAACAAUGGCUCCGGACAGUGCCGAAAAGGCACGGCUGUCUUAUUGCUGGGGAUCUGAACACUCCGGCUGUCGAAGAACCCAACAUAUGUGGGCCAGGAGUGGUGACACAACAAGUCCAGCAGAAGGACCAGGAAGCGUUCCAGGACCUGCUCCGACUUCAUCGCUGCUGCUUGCUGAACACCUGGACGGGCACAGGACUGAUGCAGCGCACCUAUAUCCCGCCGGGGGAGCAGGGUGCCCAGACUGGCACACAGGUUGAUUUUGUGAUCGCCAGAGAUGAUCUAGCUGAUGCUAUAGCAAGGAGAGCCUGCCCCAUCUCGACACCGUUCGAGCCCUGCAGUGGUUGUCGACAUCGACCGGUUCAGAAAGCGAUGGCCGACCUUCAGAAAAGGGACAACUACCUUCAGCUUGUGGCCCCAGCCUUGGAGGUGUGUGCACCCACAGACAACCUCGACCAGAUCCUGCAACAAGGUCACCCAAGAGAUCCGGAGGACACUCCCUCCCUUGGCACGCUGUGGAAGGCGUGGGCGACUACGGCAAAGCCCCAGGCGGCGAGACGACGACUACAACUCCGAUCCGAGGAAGGUCGCAUUCAGUCUCGGGAGGCAGAAUUCAAGCAGAUCAAGGACUACUUCAUGUCUCUCUUUUCGGGUCCACCGUGCACUGUCAUAAUGUUACCAGAGGACAUAUCCUUCACGGAAGAGGAAGUCAAGCGAGCCCUUGGACGCCUCGUGGCGGGGAAGGCCAUGCCCACCACAAGCGCUCACGCAGUAUUGUGGAAAACUGCGAUGGUUCAGGUCGUGCCAGCCCUGCAGCAGCAGAUCAACCACUACCUGACUAAAGGCACCAGCACCCUGCCGGCCAGCUUUAAUGUCUCUGAGCUCAUCCUUCUCCCGCCAAAGUAUUGGGAGCGAUUCAUCGCGGCCAGACUGCAGCCCUAUGCGGUGAACUACCUUCAGGCUGUGCCUCAGUUUGCGUAUGUUGGGGGCAGGUCUCUAAGCAUGGCGCUUGAGCGCGUGGCUAGCCACUGUGCAGUGGUGAGAAAGCUGCUGGGAGAUCAGGCGACCAACCUCCACGCCAGACGGGCUGGGAGACGAGCGGCACAGGUGUGUGGUGGAGUGCAUCUCUCACUUGAUAUAUCCAAAGCGUAUGACAGGGUGCCGUGGAGUGACCUGGUCCUUGCAUUGCGGGAGGCGGAAGUACCGGAGAGCCUCAUCGAACUGAUCCUGCUCAUACAUCAGCAGGCCCAGGUCCGUGUGGAACAUGGCGAUUGCCAGGCCCAUCUGUCUUUGGGCCGAGGCUUGAGACAAGGAUGUGGAUUGGCACCCAUCUUAUGGACGAUCUACUCAAGCUGGCUGCUCAGACGACUCCAUAAACCACCACUGCUAGACAUCACGUCCAGUAAUACAACGUACGCAGAUGACUUUCAUUUUGGCUGGACCAUACGCACAGGACGGGACAUGGAGGACGCGUACAACUCCAUGAAACAUGUACUCAAAGGCCUUCGGGACCGUGGGGUACUUGUCAGCAUUGAAAAGACGGUUGCCCUCAUCGAACUCCAAGGCCCUGGUGCAGCGGCCUGCCUCUCCAGAUACCUGGUGGAAAGACCACAAUGGAAGGGCAAGUUCCUCAAGUUCACAAUUCAUGGCAUGACGGAAUAUGUCAAAGUGGUCGCCAAACAUACAUACUUAGGCAUGAUCAUCAGCUUCAAGAAGCACGACCAGGAGACGGCCAAACACCGUAUGGACCUGGCCAAGGGGGCUUACUCAAGGCUGGCUGCGACCCUCAAGUGCCGUGAUGUGUCGGUUAAACUCCGACUCCUACUCUGGCAAGGUACGAUACUACCAACCCUGCUACACGGACUGGACUGCACCGGGCUCCCACAGCAUGAGGCCUCUCAGAUGAUGGUUAUGUACUUCAAACAAGCCAGGGCGAUCGCCAACUCAUUCAGCAUGUUCACCCAUGAAUCACACCAGGACUUUGCCCGCCGACUGCGGAUCCACACUGCCCGGUGCUCCUUCGCCCAGGUGACGCGCAACUACAAUGGCGCGAGGCUAUGUCACAUGCCAAAGACGGUAUGCCACUUUGUAGGCAUUGCAAUCACGCAUUCACGACCUGGCCAGCAAGCAUUCUUUUACCACAUCAAUGCUAGGAGUUGCCCUGCUCUCAAAGCUCUGUAUGAAGCUAGCUCGACCACUACACCUGUACCUGUGGAGAGCGAAGCUAUCACUGAGGAUCCUGAGAUCAUAAAACUUGCUGGCAAUUGCUCAUGGAGGGACCUGGCUUUGCACCCCAGUGUUCGCAACAAACAUCAGCAUUGCCCGGAGUGCAACUUGUGGACGGUCAAGCAUCAGUACGUGAAGAGACACAUGCUCCUCAAGCAUCCUGCUCAAAAGGCCCUGAUUGAACGCAGUGAGGAACUCAUUGUACAGAGCGACCUGAGCAUCACCAACCCUUGCCAGUACUGUGGAUCGCCAGAGGACGCCCCCUACAAGAUCUCAUCAUCAAAGGUGAUGACCAUGGAGGUCAUGGAAGUGGAUGCCGAACCCGUGCGGCAGAUGAAGGAGGCGACCAAGGAACUGGAGCUACUUCGAGCGCUUGCGCCCCAGGAGGUGACCAACCUGCCGAACAGAUCGGAGAACCCAGGGGCGGCGGAGGAGCCCUUGGACAGAGCUCAGGAUUCCUGGUUUGGCGAGCCACAGCCCAAGUACCACAAGGACGGCAACAAGGGCAGCGAAGGCCGCGGCAAAGGAGGAGCGGAAAAGCGAGCGAGGGAUCAGGAGACCUACGACAACUCCUGGCACAGCCAAAACUCCUGGCCAAGCCAGUGGCGAGGCCAAUGGGAGAGCCAUGCUCAGAAGGGCAAGAACAAGGGCAAAGGCAAGGGCAAGAACAAGCGGCAGCCGUACCCCCACCACGAUCCGUGGAGUGGCGAAGAGAUGCCGGAGGAGUGCAAGGCCAUGAUCAACAUGAUGGCGAACAUGAUCCUUCGGCAGGAAGCCCAGAUCUUGAUACAACGACAAGACACUGCCUUCGUGGUCUUCAUGCAGACACAAAUGGAGGACAGCGUGGCGAAAUCCACUUACACGCUGGCGCAAAAGUGGCAUGCGAUGAAGGCCAAAGAACCGGAGAAAUUGUCGUCCCCGAUGAGGGUGCUACUGUUCCAACACUUCAUCAAGACGGUGAUCGAGAAGGUCGACAGGAUGGUAUCUACCCCCUCGGCAAGAUCGACGGCGGCGUCCUUGGGAUGGAUGAACGACGAGGGCACCCAGAUCAAUGGAGUGAAAUGGGAUGCGGAGAAUCGAACACAUACCAAGGACACCACAGUCAAGCCUCUGGCAACAACGGAAGUCCAAGAGGCCUUGGCGGAGAUCUUGAUCAAAUGCCCCCAGGACCUGGUGGUGUCAAGGUACCAUGCGACGAGGAAACUGGCCUCGGAAUACCAGUCACCCACAUUGACGAUGAUGCUAGAGAUUGGCAAUGGGGUGGAGGCUGCACAGGCAGUCUGGCGGCGACUUCAUCAACUAGAGCGCUCGGGAUGCUGGGUAGCGGCAGGUACGUUCCUCCGGGCAGAGACCAUGCACAGGAGUGCACUGGGACAGAAGCUGGCAGCCCUCACGAGAUAA